AUGACUGAAAAUGCAAAGGUCGAAAUUUUAUUGAAAGCAGUCGGUGAUGCACCUAUACUGAAGCAAAACAAAUGGACAGUUGACGAAAAGAAAACAGUGGCGGAAUUAUGCAUUUUUUUGCGAAGUUAUAUGAAGAGGUUUCAGCUUAAUGAUAGCGAUUCCUUAUUGCUUUUCAUCAAUCAGUGUUUUGCACCAUCACCGGAUCAAACAGUGCGGAAUUUAAAGGAUUGUUUCGCACCCGGUGAUUCGAAAUUAGUCAUCAAUUAUAGCAAGACACAAGCAUGGGGUUAA